GACGUCAUCACAUGCGCGGAGAAAACGCGCCGAGACGGAAAGCGUUGAGUCCCCCCCCCGAUGAGCUCAGAGGAAGAGACGGAAACUACAGUCAUGUCUGUCUCUCUGUCUGAAGAGAGAGACAGGAUCCAGAGACAGGUGGAGGAGUUGGAGCAGAGUCUGUCUCUCAGUCUGUCUGAAACACACACUGGUCUACAGCUGCUGAGCAGUGGGACAGAUGAUGAAUCAGGAAGUGAAGAGGAGGAGGAGGAGUCUGCUGCAGGUCUGUUGGCUCAGAGAGAAAAAAUCCAGAAAGAGAUCGAGAACCUGGAGAACAAGCUAGGACCACAGAGUCCUGUCUGUCUGUCAGAUGGUGAUGACAUCAUUAUCAGCAGUGAUGAGAGUGAGCUGGGUAUUUCUCUCUCUGUUGAGUCUUGUCUUCAGAUGAACCUGGUUUACCAGCAGGUGGUGCAGGAGACUCUGUGUCAGCUGGAGACACUACUGACACACAACCACAGACAACAGAGGGAACUUGUGUCUCAGUUGUCUGGACCAAUCAAAGAGCCUUCCAGAGAACAGCCGGCCCCCUCCUCCUACCAACUGCCAAUCAACAUGUACCUGGGUCGCUUCCUGAAACCUUACUUCAAAGACAAACAGACCGGACUGGGUCCUCCAGCCAAUCAGGAGACGAAGGAGAAGAGCAGCAGGAUGACAGGAUGUCUGGACGAAAAUAAAGUCAAGAUUAAACGAUGGGAGAGCUGGCAGAAGACUCUUCUGAUCGACUCAGUGUCCAGAGACAGUCUGAGGAGACUUGUCCAACCCAAACUCUCCAGGGUGGACUACCUGAGUCAGAAGUUGUCGUCAGCAGAGGAGACAAACAGGCAGAAGCUCCGAGAUCAGAUCGACAGUUUGGAGAGAGAGAUCGACACUAUCAGGACGAAGAAGGAGGAGGAGCUGAUUGGUGAUCGAUACGAGGAACAUGAUUGGGAAAAAAUCUCCAACAUUGAUUUUGAAGGGACGCGGGAGGCCGAUGACAUUAGGUGCUUCUGGCAGAACUUCCUUCACCCGUCAAUCAGGAAGGAUGGAUGGAGUCAGGAGGAGGUGGAGCAGCUGAGAGACAUCAGCAGGAGACACCGAGAGAGAGACUGGAAGAAGAUCGCUGAGGAGCUGGGGACGGGGAGGACAGCCUUCAUGUGUCUUCAGACUUUCCAGCGUUUUGUGUCAGACUCGUUGAGACGAGGCAGUUGGACGCCCAAUGAGGACGAUCUUCUCCGGGAUCUGGUGGACAAGAUGAGGAUCGGAAACUUCAUCCCCUACACUCAGAUGAGUUACUUCAUGGAGGGUCGUCACCCCCCUCAGCUGAUCUACAGGUGGAACCAGGUUCUGGACCCGAGCCUGAAGAAAGGCAUGUGGACCAAACAGGAAGACCAGCUCUUGUUGCGAGCUGUCUCACGUCACGGGGAGAAGGACUGGUGGAAGAUCCGGCUGGAGGUUCCUGGACGAACCGACAGCGCCUGCAGAGACAGGUAUGUUGACUGUCUGAAGUCGGGGAUGAAGCGAGGAGCAUUUGACAAACAGGAGCAAGAGCUGCUGCUGCAGCUGGUGGAGAAAUAUGGCGUCGGUCGCUGGGCGAAGAUCGCAGCUGAGAUUCCUCAACGUUACGAUGCUCAGUGUCUGAGAGAAUGGAGGAAAGUGAGCAGGAAGCUUUGUCCUGCUCAGCAAAAUAGAAAAGCUAAAAACCCACAAACAAGUGGAGAUGGAAAGAAGAAGAGGAAGGUAAACAUCAGGAGGAAAGUGAAGGAGGAGCUGAGCAGUGAGGAGGAGCAGGAGGAGGAGGAGGAGGAGGUGGAGUACAUGGACAGUGAUACUGAUGAUGAGAAGAAGAUGGAGGAGGAGGAGAAGGAGGAGGUCGUUGAAGUGGAUCGGACUGCAGAUGUAGAGGAUGAGGUGGAGGAGUACACCUGCCCUUCGAUGACUGAGUGGAUUCCAGAUGAUAAAGCAAAACAUUUCUCCUUCCUAAACUUUAGACCGGUGUCCAUACCUUCCUCCUCCCAUAGCCCCAGAGGGGAGCCAGUCCGCUCAACCAUCGUGGGGAAGCUCGGACGCUCUGUGAUCAUUGGUUCAAACCCAGCGGAGCUGCAGUGGGAGGAGCGUCACAGAAGCAGCACCAUGAUGAUGGUGUCACCUGACCAGCUCCAAGCCCACCUGCACUGCCAGGCAGCCGAGUGGAAAAAACGGGGCCUCCGGAUCAAAGGGAAAAAGAAGGGCCGAUCCAUGGACACCGUGGUGAAGUUCAAGCUCCAGGCUGCCGUGACGGCCUGGAUUGGGAACCUGCUGAUCCCGACUCAAACCAGACUGACUGUGGCCGACGCCCUGAGGGAACAAGGAGAGAAAACCAAGCUCUCCUCCACUCCUGUCUUCCAGCUGCUGCUGCAGACCAUGAAAGUGGACGUCAUCGGGUGCAAGGAGACGAUAGAGCAGAGGAAGGAGAAAGUGGUGUUUCCGACUCCGCCCCCAGACCCUGCGUCUGUCUGCAGGAAGGAUCCGCCUACUGUUGCAGAAAUCCUGCAGCAGAGGAGGCAGCAGAAGGAAUUAGACCUGCAGGACAAACUGAUCCUGACGCAGCUUCACACUCUGCAACAGCAGCAAAUUAUGCCCAAACAACCAAUCAGAACACAGCAAUUAGUUUAUCUGCACCAACCUCAGAAUCUACCCCCUCAGUCUCUCCCUCCUAGCAUCCCUUCUCAGAAUCUUCCUGGUCUUCCUGACAUGUCUCGUCUGUCAUUUCCUCAGAGAGUCUUCAUUCCUCAUCCUCUUCUCCAGCCUCAGAAACCUCUCGCUCCCUCUUCUGACACAUCCCAUUUGUCUCCAUGCCGACCUCCUCCUGUGGGCGUGCUCACCUCUUCAUCUCCUCCUCUUCCUCCUGUCUCCAUGGUCCCGAUGCUCCAGAGUCCUACCAGCUCCGCCUUAGUCCAGCAACAGACCGUACCAACCCUCGCCCCCCGUCCUCUCCCUUCUUCCAGUGGUACAUCCUCAGAACAGAGUUUGCCCAGAGGGAGGGGGCAGAAGGCCGACAGAAAGCCGUCUGUCAAGGUGUGUGUCCCCGGAGCAGGUAGUGACGGGACGUACACGGGUGUGAAGGACGAAGGACGGAGGAAUCUGAAGCUGAGUCAAAGGCCCAGAGCUCUACAGGAAGCUACCAGAGCCAAGACUCAAAACAUGAAGAAAUCUGCUUCAUCCUCCCGAAAGACGCCUGAGAGCCAGAGAAGCGACUCUCCCCCUCAGACCGGGCUCCUCCCGCCUCCUCAGCAUCACACUGCAUUCUUAAGUUCAAGCUUAUCUGCUUCUUUACUCAGGGACCAUGAGUACUUUAUUGAUACUACCCCCCCCUCAAUCCAACCAAGUCCUGCCCCCGAACAGCCAGACCCCAAACCCUGUAAAUCUGACCCCGUCCCAGAGACGCCCACCAAACAUCCCAGCAGAGCAAUGAAACGAAGGCGGGGGCAGGAGCAGGACGGGGUGACAAGCAGUCAGGAUGUCCCAUGUGCAGAUGUGACAGGUGACCCCGGGGCCCAGGCUGAUACAGGUGCAACCCAGGAAGGAAAAAGGGUUCGGAAGCUAACUCACAAGGCCAGGGAGCUGGAGAAAGAGACUGAAACCAAGGACGAAGCCAAAAAGAAGAGGAAGUCUUCUCCUUGUAAAGCUCGCCCUCCUACGUCUCGCUCUAAAGAGGAAACUGUCGCUCGCCCUGAGAAACCCACACUGCAUGUACCUCCUGGUGAGUCGAUAUGGGUCAUGACUCCUGGUGGGUUGGUCCAGCUCCAACUUGCCCCGCCCCAACCCCAUCAGCAGGCAUUAGAGCCGACCCCCACUUUUCCACCUGCACCUGGAAAUAGUACAAGACAGCAACUGGACACGGCUCCUCUGAGAUUCAAACCACCACCUGUACCAUAUGACCUGACCAGUCCCAUCAACCUCCCUGCUUCACCCACUCAUCCUUCUAAGCCCCGCCCACCUGUCCCAAGCCCAGGUUGGUUCCCCCUCCACUCCUGGGACCCUCAGCCUCCUCCCAAAGUCCUCCUGCCCUAUGAGGAUGCAAUCAGAGUGGACAAGGCCUCACCUCCUCCCCUCAGGAGGGAGGCGCUUCAGUUCAACCCCUCACUGAUGUUCCUGGAGCCUCAGGAAGCAGUGUGUGAUUGGCUGAGUGGGCGGAGAGGGGUGGUGGUACCAGGAGCAGGCGUGGCUCUGCCCUACCUGCCACCAUUCGUCAGCACUCUGAGCACGCUCAGGGCGCUGCUCCAGGCCAAAAGCUCUUUGACCAAAUCCUCUCUGCAGCUGCUGCGUCAAGACUCUGAACCUCGGCGCUGCCAAACCAGCAUCGAGUCCAACAGCAGUUCAGAAAACAGCUCCAGUCAGCGUCCACCCGACCUGCCAGACUCCACCUCUGACCUCAGACCAGCCGAGCAGCCAGCAGUUCCCACUGUCAGCUCUGACAGCCUGCAGGAGGAGGAGCAGGAGGAGGAGCAGGAGGAGCAGGAGGAGCAGGAGGAGCAGGAGGAGCAGGAGGAGGAGGAGCAGGAGGAGCAGGUGGAGCAGGAGGAGCAGGAGGAGGAGGUGCUUGUGGCGACAGUGCGUGAGCUUGUGACAGAGCGUUUUUCUAGUAACCCCGCCUACCAGUUGUUGAAGGCCCGCUUCCUGUCACUCUUCACUGUCCCCGCCCUCCUUGCUACCAUCCAGCCAAUAACAGAGGAGACUGUGGCUCGCCCAGCCACUCAGGAGGAGGAGGAAGAGGAGGAGGAGGAAGAAGUGGUGAAGCUGAAGAAAAUCAAAGAAAGGGGGCGACAGAGAGCCCAGCGAGAUUAGAACUAGAUGUCAUCAAAUCUUUCCUUAUUUUGUUCUACUGGUCCUCGGGGGGGUUUCUAUCAAAGUAGCUCAACCCAUCCUGGUUUAAGUGAAAAGCUUCAGUUUGAAUCAGUUUGACUUGAUCUGCAGCUGCAGAACCACAGGAGCAAAGAGCAGGACUGAGUCACGGCAGUAAUAAGUGACGUGAGUAGCUUUAUACUUUCAUUAUCACAACAGGUUUGUCUGUUUGAUUUAUAAAAGGCAUCUUCUCCUCAGUAUCAAAGACAGAGAACCUGAGAAUGAAAUGAGUGUUGGAGAAACAGAAGGUGAAGAGAUGUCAGAAUGAAUUCACAGUCAUUUCUUCUUCUCACAGCUUGAAAAUAGUACCUAAUAAACAGUUCAACUAAACUUUGACAAACACCUGUUUCCACCGAAUGCCGGUACUGAGCAGCCGAGCUCCAAAGUGUCAGCUACCACACGAUUGAGCACAAAUUGCUUUGAGCCAAUCACGGAUCUCUCACUAAAAUAAACCAGAAUUAUCAAAGAAAGCCAGUGUUACACUUGGAUGGAGCACCCCCCCCCCCCCUCUCCUCAUUAGAGGUUUUCAUCUUGUAUGUGUGGAUAAAGAAAAGGACACAUUUUAACACCUUGUUUUAAUGAAACCAAGAAGACACAACAUCAAACUGAAGCUCUCAUGGACACGAGUCGCCUGUAAUGCAGUAAAAUGCGUUACAAUCAAUAUAAUCAAUUACAAGACGUGUUUAUCUUGAAGUGUGUGACAGUGCUGCUCAGCUGAGUCAAUGUUCAUGAACAGAUUUGAUU